AUGAAUGAUGAUAACCGGUGUCCGAAAACAUUUCUAUUUACCAAGGCACUUUGGGGACAGCAUCACAAAAAAGUCUUACUGGGUUUUGCGGACGAACAUAUCAAAAGUGAAAGCUGUUCUGAUGAUGCAUACACAAUAAAUAAAAUUGGAGGAUUGUCUAAUACGCUAAAUCAGAAUUUUUCUCCAAAAUGUCCUCUGUGUAAUCGCCAGACACCAUUACUCAUUCAGAUAUAUGCACCUGUUACAAAUUCUAUUUACCAUAGAACCUUAUAUAUACAUGCAUGUGUAAGCCCAGAAUGUUGGAACAAAUCUCAGAGUUGGAUAUGUUUGAGACGACAGUGGGUCGCAGUAGAUGAUUAUGAUAAUAAGCAGCAGUCUACAACGUUUAUCGAAUGGUGUGAUGAUGCUGAUGAUUGGGGUGAGGAAACCAUAGCUGUGGCUGAAGAAAAUGGUAAUAUUACUGUUCCAAGCCAAGCAAUUGAAAUAUGUGAUACUGCAAGUGCCGAGUUAGAAAAUUCUGAUGCUGAUGAUAAUGUAGUUGCUGAGCCAAUUGAAAUACCAAAUACAAAUUUUUUUCAAUUACUAGAUAGUAGAAAAGAAAUACCUUCGAAUUAUUGA